AUGACGACGCUGCGGGGGCUCUGGCCCGAGGUGCAGGACACCUGCACCUCGCUGGGUUUGAUGCUGUCGAUCGUGCUGUCCGUGGCGCUGGCCCGCGGGGUCCUCCAGCGGCACGUGCACCGGCCUACGGCCCACGCCUUCGUCUUGGAGUUUCUGGCCACCUUCCAGCUCUGCUUCUGCACCCUCGAGCUGCAACUGCUGGGCGAGCAGGAACCCGCGCACCCCACCUGGUCGCUGACGCUAACCUACUUCUUCUCGUUGGUGCAUGGCCUGACUCUGGUGGGCACGGCCAGCAACCCGUGCGGUGUGAUGAUGCAGAUGAUGCUGGGGGGGAUGUCCCCCGAGACGGGGGCGAUGAGGCUGUUGGCUCAGCUGAUGGCUGCUCUGGGCAGCAGGUACUGUAUAGGCGCCCUGUGGAGCCUGGGACUGACCAGGUAUCACGUCGGUGAGAGGAGCUUCGCUUGCAGGAACCCCAUGCACGUCGACUUGCCCAAAGCCGUCGUCGUAGAGGCCAUCUGCUCCUUUAUCUUCCACAGUGCCCUGCUGCACUUCCAGGAGGUCGGAACCAAGCUUCGGAUCCACCUGCUGGCAGCACUCAUCACCUUUUUGGUCUAUGCAGGAGGAAGUCUAACAGGAGCUAUAUUUAAUCCAGCUUUGGCACUUUCACUACAUUUCAAGUGUUUCGAUGAAGCAUUCCUUCAAUUUUUUAUAGUAUAUUGGCUGGCUCCUUCUUUAGGUAUACUGUUGAUGAUUUUGACAUUCAGCUUGUUCCUUCCAUGGCUGUAUGACAACCAUACAACUAAUAAGAAGGAGUAACUAUUCCAAAAGACUCAGACUAAGUCACAAGACAGUCCAGUUGGACGUGAUAAAGACUUUGUCUCCCCAGAUUCAGCACACUGGCUGCACUGGAUUCAUCAAUGUCACUUCCUUUGAGGAAGCUGCCUUAGUUUUCAUCACUGGGACUUAAAAAAUUACUAUGAAAAUGAGGCAUCCUGUAUUUCUCAGUUAAGACUUGUUCUUUUGAGUGUGUAUUAAAUGCUGCUAGCAGAGACUCACUACAUUAACUGUAAAUCAAGUGAUAAUUGUUCAUUUUGAUGAGGAAAAAAAUGAGUACAGGGUGAGAAGGGAAAGGAAGGUGAUGGGAGGCCCAAAGAAAGUGUGUAUAUCAAGUGUCUCCUGAAUGAACAGGAUUUUUAACCACCGUACUAGUCAUGCUCUCAGACCUGGAGAGGAUACUUUACAGCCAGUACCUCACACAGUGAUACCCAGUGUCAUCUUUCAAUAGGAAAGUUGCUUUUGGAAGCAGAUUAUAUACCCACUCAUAUUCCCAGGGUUUCCUAAAUUUUAAAUAUAUUCUAAUCUAAACUAUUUUCUCUAAACAAAGCGGCUCACUAGCUUUAGGCAAGCUGUUAUUCUUUAAUAGUAUACUGUAUAAUGACACAAAGCACCCAUACAAAGU